AUGGAGUUCCUGGUGGGUGGGAACUACACUGCUGUCACAGGCUUCAUUUUAUUGGGCUUAACAGAUGAUCCUGUCCUCCGAGUCAUCCUCUUUGUGAUUAUCCUAUGCAUCUACCUGGUGACCAUAUCUGGCAACCUCAGCACAAUCAUUCUAAUCAGAUUCUCCUCUCAGCUCCAUCACCCUAUGUAUUUUUUUCUGAGCCACUUGGCUUUUGCUGACAUGGGCUAUUCAUCUUCCGUCACCCCCAACCUGCUUGUAAACUUCCUGAUGGAGAGAAAUACAAUCUCCUACCUUGGAUGUGCCAUUCAACUGAGUUCAGCUGCUUUCUUUGGAACAAUUGAAUGCUUUAUUCUGGCUGCCAUGGCAUAUGAUCGCUUUGUGGCAAUCUGCAACCCUCUACUUUAUUCAACCAAAAUGUCUAUGCAAGUCUGUGUCCAGUUACUCCUAGUUGCUCAUGUAGCUGGUGUUCUCAAUGCUGUCUCCUACACUAUUUCUUUUUUUUCUUUAUUCUUCUGUGGAUCAAAUAGAGUCAAUCAUUUUUUCUGUGAUUUUGGUCCUUUAAUUGAACUUUCCUGUUCUGAUGUCAGUGUACCUGUAGCUGUUUCUACACUUUCUGUUGGCUCCAUUGUUGUGGUCACUGUGUUUGUCAUAGCCGUCUCCUACAUCUACAUCCUCAUCACCAUCCUGAAGAUGCGAUCCAGGGAGAGGCGCCACAAGGCCUUCUCCACCUGCACCUCCCACCUCACUGCAGUCACUCUGUUCUAUGGGACCAUCACAUUUACUUAUGUGAUGCCCAAGUCCAGCUACUCAACUGACCAGAACAAGGUGGUGUCUGUGUUCUACAUGAUGGUGAUCCCCAUGGUGAACCCCCUUAUCUACACUCUUAGAAAUAAGGAGAUUAAGGGGGCUCUGAAAAAACAGUUCGGUCAAAAAAUAUAA